UCCCAAUUGUUAGUGAUGAGUGUGACAUUGUUGAGCAGAUAGGAUUGAAAUGGGUCGAUCUCUAUCCUAGCCUCCUACGGCUUCUCUCUCCUCUCUCUUCCGCGGACGACAAAAGAAACCUAAAGAGAUCUGUUCCCCCCAACUCUAGAUGGAUGAUGAUGGGUUAAACUUGAGGAAUUGGGGUUACUAUGAACCUUCACAUAAGGGGCAUCUUGGUCUCCAGCUCUUGUCAUCUCCAUUUGAUGUAGACACGAAACCUUUCCUUCCUGGCCGCAAUAGUAAUUCCAGUAUGAUAGUUAGUAAUGGGCUUUAUCAUCCCCUGGACUCCAUUGUGUCUCAGAUUCCUAUAACACACAUAGAUUACAUUAGAGAGGGUUGGAUCAACCACAGAGACAAAUUCUUGCAUAUGUUUACCGGUCACCCAUAUAAUGACCCUUCUGGAACAACUCAGACUUCAGUUGAAUUGCUACAAACUGCUUCAGUCAAGGAAGAACCCGUUAUGGUUGAGGAUCAUCUUCAUUCAAGUGUUAAUGAAGAAAGCCCUCGUUCCAAAAAGAGGGCAGUUGUUGCAUCAUCGGGACUUAAAUCGAAAAAGUCAAAGAAAGCAAAGAAUGACAAAACCUUGUGUCAACAGGAAAAACCCGCAAAGAAGAGUGUUGAUGUUGUGAUAGGAGGGAUUGAUAUGGACAUAAGUAAAAUCCCUACACCAGUUUGUUCUUGUACUGGAACCCUGCAGCAAUGCUACCGUUGGGGAUGUGGCGGCUGGCAGUCGGCGUGCUGUACCACGACUAUAUCAAUGUAUCCGUUGCCCAUGAGUGACAAAAGGCGCGGAGCCAGGAUUGCUGGACGGAAGAUGAGUCAAGGUGCCUUCAAGAAGGUCUUAGAGAAACUUGCUUCAGAAGGCUAUAAUUUUACUGACCCUAUUGAUCUUAGGUCUCACUGGGCUAAGCAUGGUACUAACAAAUUUGUGACAAUCAGGAGGAAGAUGAGCUUACUGAAGAUCAGAGAGAUUUCUUGCAAUGAAAAGGUUGGGUCUUCCCUACAAGUUAAUUCAACCUGCCCAUUGCUGAUAAAAAAAAUUGCCCUAGAAGUUGAUGGGGACAGAGUGAAGAGAGAUAUUUUUGAAGAAUUUUUUUCAACAAUGCAAUUGAAGAAGAUGAAGGGUGUUAAGAUCAAGAAAGACUAUAUGGUGAUAGAGUUGUCGGGGUUAAAUCUAUGUGUUUUAGGUAUGUAGUGUUCAAUAGUAUCUAUGUGUGAUGGGUUGUAUGGAGCUCUAAUGGUUAGAAGACAACAUUUCAGUUCUCUCCAAAAACAGUUUGUGGCUCAAUCUACAUUACAGAAUAUACUUUGCUUUGUAGUAUAAACCUACUUAUUUACAUGACUAAAUAAAAUAAG